GCCCGCUCUCCCGGCCGUGCUGACGGGGGUUGUAGUUGGGCGCCGCCGCCUGAGGACUACCGGUCCCAGGGAGCAGCGGGCGGGCUCUGUCAGGUGGCGUCCAACAUGGCUUCCCCGUGCCCGCCGGGGCCGGAGCCCGCGGCCGCGCGGAGCUGCUGAGCGCUUUCGGGGCGGCGGCGGCGGCGGCGGUACCGGUGCUAUCAUGCAGAAGAUCAAGUCGCUGAUGACCCGCCAGGGUCUAAGAAGUCCUCAGGAGAGUGUUCAUGACCUCAGUCCUAUUGAAAGCUUUCGGAUUCCUAGUAAGGAGGAGCUCAGAGAACUACGUGAAGAACCAACUGAUCCUCAAGCUCAGCAAGAAAUAAUUAACAGCAUUGAAGAAGUUUAUUUUUCCAAUGAUUCCUUUGAUAUUGUGAAGUAUGAGUUAGAGAGGCUUCCUCCAGUACUUAGUCUUCAAGAACUGGAAGAGUACAGAGACAAAUUAAAACAACAGCAAGCUGCUGUGUCUAAGAAAGUUGCAGACUUGAUUCUUGAAAAACAGCCUGCAUAUGUUCAGGAACUUGAACGUGUUACAUCAUUGCAGACUGGCCUUCAGUUAGCAGCUGUUAUUUGCACGAAUGGAAGAAGACACCUGAAUAUAGCAAAGGAAGGCUUUACACAAACUAGUUUGGGGCUUCUUGCAAAUCAAAGGAAACGGCAGUUGCUUAUUGGACUGCUAAAGUCUCUGAGAACAAUAAAAACACUGCAAAGAACUGAUGUGCGUUUGAGUGAGAUGUUGGAGGAAGAGGACUAUCCAGGAGCUAUUCAGCUGUGCUUGGAAUGCCAGAAAGCUGCCAGCACUUUCAAACACUACAGUUGUAUAAGUGAGUUGAAUUCAAAACUGCAAGACACCUUGGAACAAAUAGAGGAACAAUUGGAUGUAGCGCUCUCCAAAAUAUGUAAGAACUUUGAUAUCAGUCAUUAUACAAAAGUUCAGCAGGCUUACAGGCUGCUUGGAAAAACACAGACAGCAAUGGACCAGUUACAUAUGCACUUCACUCAAGCCAUUCACAACACUGUGUUUCAAGUAGUCCUUGGAUAUGUGGAGCUGUGUGCAGGAAACACAGACACCAAGUUUCAGAAGUUACAGUACAAAGACCUCUGUACACAUAUUACAUCAGACAGCUACAUUCCGUGCCUUGCUGAUCUCUGCAAAGCCCUCUGGGAAGUCAUGCUCAGUUACUACCGAACGAUGCAGUGGCAUGAGAAUCAUGACCAAGAUGAGGCAGUAGCUGUGUCUUCUGAUGGCAGCAAUGUGAUUGGAACUGAAGAGAACAGUUUUGACCGCAGCUAUGUAAAAAAGAAAUUGGAACAUGGGCUUUCACGAAUAUGGCAGGAUGUUCAACUGAAAGUGAAAACAUAUCUUCUGGGAACAGAUCUGUCUAACUUCAAAUAUGACGACUUCAUAUUUGUACUUGAUGUUACCAGCAGACUGAUGCAAGUUGGAGAAGAAUUUUGUGGCAGUAAGUCUGAAGUUUUGCAAGAAUCUAUAAGAAAACAAAGUGUUAACUAUUUCAAAACAUACCACAGAACCCGUCUUGAAGAAUUAAGAAUGUUUUUGGAGAAUGAGACCUGGGAACUGUGUCCUGUUAAAUCAAGCUUUAGUAUUCUGCAGCUUCAUGAAUUUAAGUUCAUGGAGCAGUCACGUUCCCCAUCUGUGUCACCUAGUAAACAGCCUGCUUCAGCAAUUUCAACAACAGUAACGUUAUUUGAGCAGUACUGUAAUGGAGGAAACCCAUUUGAAAUUCAGGCCGACAGCAAAGAUGAUGAGACAGAAGACGUGUUAGCUUCCAAUGGGUAUGAAUCGGAUGAACAAGAAAAAAGUGCAUAUCAAGAGUAUGAUAGCGACAGUGAUGUUCCUGAAGAGUUGAAAAGAGAUUAUGUGGAUGAGCAGACAGGAGAUGCCCCUGUGAAAAGUGUUUCUCGAGAAACUCUGAGGAGCAGAAAGAGAUCAGAUUAUAACCUCAAUAAAGUGAAUGCACCUAUCCUAACAAACACUACGCUGAAUGUAAUAAGGCUUGUUGGGAAAUACAUGCAGAUGAUGAAUAUUCUGAAACCAAUUGCAUUUGAUGUGAUCCACUUCAUGUCCCAGCUCUUCGAUUACUAUCUGUAUGCAGUCUAUACAUUUUUUGGCCGAAAUGACACGCCCAUACUGAGUUCCUCACUCCCUACUUCUAACAGAGAACAGCACAGUGCUAGGCAGUUUGAAUCAACAGGACUGGGCCUCAGCAGCAGCAGAUUACGUACCACACUGAACAGAAUCCAGGAGAGUCUGAUUGAUCUGGAGGUCUCUGCUGAUCCCACAGGAACCCUCACAGCUGCUGAAGAGAGAAAGGAGAAGGUGCCAAGCCCACAUCUCAGUCAUCUCGUAGUUCUGACAUCUGGCAAUUCGCUGUAUGGUUUGGCAGAGAGAGUGGUGGCCACAGAAUCCUUGGUAUUUCUGGCUGAGCAGUUUGAGUUUCUUCAGCCUCAUCUUGAUGCGGUGAUGCCAGCUGCCAAGAAACCUUUUCUUCAGCAGUUCUAUUCUCAGACAGUGUCAACUGCCAGUGAACUACGUAAACCAGUUUAUUGGAUUGUUGCUGCUAAAGCCAUCGAUUAUGAACAAAUGCUGCUUCUCAUGGCUAAUGUGAAAUGGGAUGUGAAGGAAAUCAUGUCACAACACAAUAUAUAUGUAGAUGCUCUUUUAAAGGAAUUUGAAGAAUUUAACAGAAGGUUGAACGAGGUGUCUAAGAGAGUCCGUAUUCCACUGCCUGUCUCCAACAUCCUUUGGGAGCACUGCAUACGCUUGGCCAAUAGAACUCUCGUGGAAGGUUAUGCCAAUGUAAAGAAGUGCAGCAAUGAAGGACGUGCCUUGAUGCAACUGGACUUUCAACAAUUCUUAAUGAAACUAGAAAAGUUAACAGACAUUAGGCCUAUUCCAGAUAAAGAAUUUGUGGAGACCUACAUUAAAGCAUACUACCUAACAGAAAAUGACAUGGAACGCUGGAUAAAAGAACAUAGGGAAUAUUCCACUAAGCAGUUGACCAAUCUGGUGAAUGUUUGUCUGGGCUCCCAUAUCAACAAAAAGGCAAGACAAAAGCUGCUAGCUGCUAUUGACGACAUAGACAGGCCUAAAAGAUAACUGGAGAAAGCUACUUUCCUUGUGACUUGUACCUUUUUCUGUUCACAUGAAGCAUGCAGACAAAUCUCUCAUGGACUGACAACAUUCUCUUAAAAAACAUCGUGCAUGACCUUUCUUACAAGCAUUGGAGACACUCUGAAUGGCAUAAUGUUCUAAAAUAUGACUUUUCUAAUCUGCAGAAUUCUUUUCUGUUGUAUUUCUUUCUUUUUUUUUUUUUGUUACUUGCCCUUAGUAAAGGGCCACUGUUUGUGUAUCAUUGGUGAGCUGUAUAUUUUGCAAAACUGUAUACUGUAAGUAAAAUCAAAAUCGGAGAGAAACACAUUGGCUUAAUAUAUAGUUGAUGCUCUUUUUUAAUAAAAGGGCUACUUGAAAAUAUGACUUCUUUCCUCCCUGCUUUCACCCUCAGAAAUUGUGCUUUAUUAUGGACUAGUGUAAAAUGAAAGGAAAUGUACAGUAUUUGAUUGAUCUAUCUUGCAUGUGGAUUAAGAGUGCAGAUCAACUAAAUACUCUCAUGUUAAAGCCUCUCAUCUUCAUAUGUAUUUAAAAAUGUCUGUUUAUUUCAGAAUUAAUCUAGUCAUAUCAAAAUUAUUGACUUCAGAUUAAUAGAAGGUAAUAAAUACUGUACACUAAUAUGA